AUGUAUCGUCUCGUCGUGCUGGCGAGCCUUGUGCUCUCUGUCAUGGCCCAACAGUUUACCGAAGCUCCGGUGAUUACAGGCAACAAGGAGGUCGUUUACACUGCCAGUCUGUUCAACAGCAAAGCUUCCACCAUCCGUGGCAACAUCUCAGCUACAGCUGGACCCGAUGGUAUUGGCCUGUGGUUUCGCGUAUCUCUGACGGGCUUGCCUGAAAACGUUGGCCCUUUCCCAUACCAUGUUCACAACGACAAGGUUCCCAGCGACGGAAACUGCACUGCAGCUGGUUCCCACCUUGAUCCUUACAACCGCACCGAAGUCCCUCCUUGUGACUCAAGCCAGCCUGCCACCUGCCAGCUCGGCGAUCUCAGCGGAAAGCAUGGAGCUGCUACUGUAGCUUCAGGAGUGACCGACUUCUAUGUCGAGUAUACUGAUUACUACUUGUCGGAUCGUUCCGAGUCGAUUGCUUUUAUUGGAAACCGAUCUAUCGUGGUUCAUGCUGCUAAUGGGACUCGACUGAACUGUGGAAACUUCGUGCUUGGUUCUGACCAACUGCCCGUUCCAUUCUCUCAACCUCGGCCCAGCAGCUCUGCCAGUAUUCCUCCAGCCAAGACCGUGGUACCAAUCGCCACACCCGCAUCCUCAUCUGCUGUAACUCCAAACCCUAGCAAUGCGAUAGUGAGGGGUGCUGCAAGCAAGGCGACUGGAAUGUCGCUCGGAGGGUUGAUCAUGGCCAUUGCGGCAUUUGCUCUUUUUUAA